CCGGGGCGGAACGGGACCGGGACCGGGACCGGGGCGGGCGGGGGCCGCUGGCGGCGCUCGGCACCGGGCGCGUCCUGCAGCCGCUCGCCCUGCGCGGCCCCGGGAGCGGCCCCGGCGCUGCCGCCGUGGCCAGGCGCGGGGACACCCGGGAUGUCCUCGUCGCCCGCGGAGGAAUGCCGCUCGCCCGUGGGGCUGGACUGCUGCAGCUGCUGCCUGGACCUGGCCAACCGGAGCGGGCUGGAGGAGGGGGCCGGGGGCGAGAACAACAACCCGGGCAGCCCCACCGUGAGCAGCUUCCGGCAGCUGCGGGAGCAGCUGGUCCGGCAGAACCUCAACACCGACAAGCUGAGCUCCAUCAUGCGCCAGGACUCGCUGGAGCCCGUGGUGCGGGACCCCUGCUACCUCUUCAACCAGGGCAUCUGCAACAGGAACAUCGACCAGACCCUGCUCUCCAUCCUCCUCCUCUUCCACAGCGCCUCCGGAGCCAGCGUGGUGGCCAUCGACAACAAGAUCGAGCAGGCGAUGGAUCUUGUGAAAAACCAUCUGAUGUACGCUGUGCGGGAGGAGGUGGAGGUGCUGAAAGAGCAGAUCAAGGAACUGUUGGAGAAAAACUCCCAGCUGGAGCGUGAGAACAGCCUCCUGAAGACGCUGGCCAGCCCGGAGCAGCUGGAGAAGUUCCAGUCGCGGCUGCCGGCGGAGCUGCUGUGCCCCGAGGAGCAGAGCCCUGCCCCAGCCCAGCACUCCGGGGGCUCUGCGGUGUAAGGUGGCUCUGUCCUCGGGGUGGGCAGAGCCACAGAACUCUUUCUACUUAAUCUCCUGCAAAAUCGUCUCCGCCUUCAUCUCACACGAAGGACUGGCAGAGCCCGGCGCUGGGCCGUGCCUGGGGCAGCCUGGCCGGCUCCUUAGGAGGAUGCUCUUCUGCGAGGGAGGCAGGGGCAGCUGAGCCCCCUCCCCAGCCGAGUGCCCAGCAGGUGCCAGGAGGAGACCUGUGGUGCCUGGGCUGGGCGUGAGGAGAGCCCAGCCCGGCCGUGGCUGCCUUCUGCAGGGGGUGUCCCUUCUGGCAAAGCCUGGCGCUGGAGGAGAGCAGCGUUUAGUGAGUGGAUGUGUCCCACGAGCCACCAGGAGCCUGCUGGAGCCAGAGCCACGCUGAGCAGCAGCAGGGCUGGAGCCCAAAACAGCAGCUCCAGGGCUAGAGCCAGAGCCACCCUGAGCAGCAGCAGGGCUGGAGCCCAACCCACCCUAAGCAGCAGCAGAG